GCGUGCUUCAGGCGGGGCUGCUGUUGCUGCUAUGGUAACGGGGCCAGUCCCGCACUGCUUUGACUGGGGCAGUCUGUCCAUGGCGAAGGCUCAUUACGGCUGCGGCUGAAGGAGCGGCCGCCUUUCUCGUCACUUUUUAAACGAGUCGCAACCGUCAUGUUUCAGGCCCGUGAUCAGGACACGCGAGCCAGAGACAGUCAAAUAAAAUAUAUUCAGAGCACUGUUGUAAAUGUGGAAAAGCACUUUGGUGAGAUCUGCACCUUAUUUGCAGCCUAUGUAAGGAAAACUGCAAGACUACGUGAUAAGUCUGACCUCCUGGUUAAAGAACUCCGAGAGUACUCUGAAACAGAAACUCCUAAUGUAAAAUAUGGUCUAAGUAGCUUUGCAGAUCACUUUGCUUUAAUUCAAGAUUAUCGACAUGCAGAGGUUGAAAGACUAGAAGCUAAAGUUGUAGAACCUUUGAAGAAAUAUGGUUCCAUAACCAAGUUGAAAAAGGAAGACCUCAAGGUUGCUUCAGGUGCUAUAAGACGUGAAUCAAAGCAAAUUGCCCAUGUGGAGAGAAUGCGCCAGAGGAAUCCUUCUGACCGACAAAUUGUUACACAGGCUGAGUCUGAAUUACAGAGGGUCACAAUGGAUGCGACUCGAAUUUCCCGACAGCUGGAAGAAACCAUUGAUGAUUUUCAAGAAGAGAAAAUUAGGGAUAUUAAGAAAAUUUUUGGGGACUUCAUCACAAUUCAAAUGGCGUUCCAUGCAAAAGCUUUAGAGGUUUAUAGCAAAGCGUAUCAGCAUAUACAGAAUAUCGAUGAAGAGGCAGAUAUGGAGAUUUUCAGGAACACACUUCAUUUACAAGACAGCCAGCCUCGUCUGAGCAUAGUAUCUGCAAAUUCUAUGAAUACUAUGAAUGGAAUAGAUCCAGCUCUACGUAUGUCAGGAUCUUCUAAGCACCACAGUACAUUAUGCAAAAAAAAGAUGAAAGAGGAUGAUAAUGAGGAAGAGGAGGAGGAGGAAGAGGAGGAGGAAGAUGAUGAGGAUGAGGAGGAGGAAGAAGAAGACUGAGAAUUAUAAUACUGCUGCACAAAUUAUUUUAAAAACUAGACUUAUUUCUGUGUAUGAUACAUUUAUAAUAUUCAUUAAUGUAAACCUGUCCAGCCUUGCAAGAAACUAGUUUUAUGCAUUUUACACUGCCAAAUACUUAAUUUUCGUAUGUAUGCCAAAAUUUGUGGACAGUUGUCAUUUUUACUUUUACAGAGAGCUGUUUUUGUAAGCACACUGUGUGAAAGUUCAUCAGGUUGUGCAACAUAAUUAAUGUUCAUAAUGCACAAUGUGCACAUAUGUACAUUUCUAAAGCUGAUAUGCAUCGUAUAUAGCAAAGGUACUGGCAACUUUAACUGUACAAAAUUUGAUUGUACAUGUAGUACACACAAACAUGUUUUCUAUAUCUAUUGA